AUGCCUUCACGCUCCAAAUUUUAUGAUCCUUCCAAAGGUAAAUACUUUAACCCAAAGGUAGAUCGCCGUGUUGCAAUCGUAACUGGCGGAAAUUCAGGUAUUGGCUGGUACACUGUGUUGCAUCUCUACCUCCACGGCUACAUCGUGUAUAUCGCAGGAAGAACCGAGAGCAAAGUCUUGAAGGCCAUUGAAGAUAUUAAGAAGGAAGCAAACAAGCGUAUUGAUGCUUACUCCAAGGAGGAACAAGAAGAAAGACACUUGGGCUCCUUGACCUAUAUCUACUUCGACUGUCUUGAUUUGAGUACUGUGGCUGCGUGCGCUAAGAACUUCGCAAAGAAAGAGGAGAAAUUGGAUCUUCUCAUCAACAAUGCCGGCUUAAUGGGUGUGCCUUAUGAGGAGACCAAGGACGGGUACGAAAUUCAAUACCAAGUUAACUUUGUGGCACCAUUUUUGUUCACGUUGGAACUUUUACCCAAUCUUAAAGCUGCAGUGACGAAUGGUACCCCAAGGGUGAUCAUGCUACUGUCAAUUGGCCACAGAGCAUCUUACAAGUAUUUUGAUCCAACAAACAAGGUCAACUGUACGCCCAACUUCAUGUACACUUGGGUGCGUUAUGGUAUCGCCAAGGUCGCUGAGAUCCACUUUGCCAAAAAAUUGGCAGAGCUUUACCCUAACAUAUUGUCCUUCGCGGUCCACCCAGGGGUGAUCAUUGGAACAGAGCUUUACAACCACUGGAAGAACUUGCCAGUAAUUGGUGGCUUUUACAAGGGAAGUUUGAAUGUUGUUGGUAGAGUUGCAGGCGUAGGCCUUGAAGAGGGCAGCUUGGCCACUCUUAGGGUCGCAUUCGACCCUGAGCUCGAGAAUGAGAACGGUGCUUACUUAGAAACUGGAGGUGUCAUUGCAAAACCUACAAGCGUGGCUACCACAAAGGAUAAUAUUGAGAGAACGUGGGAGUACAAUGUUGAAGAGCUCAGGAAAAAGGGGUUUUUGACCGCCUUUGAAGCGUAA